AUGGGAUCCCAGCCGGGGCAACUGGCCUUGUGGCUCCUGGCUUUCUGCCUGAUCUUGGGGGGCCGCACGCGGGGGGUCCGGGGAGGCGAGGACCCCCAGGAGCCGCCCACCCUGUCGGCCACGUCGCCGGAGCUGGACGACGAGGAGACCCACUCAGGCCACAUGCCCGGACACCUGCGCUGCGAUGCCUGCCGGGCCAUCGCCUUCCAGAUGAAGGACCACCUUACCCGGGCAGAAGAGAAACGAUCUUCCAGAAGACGCGGAGAGGCAGAGCUGAGUGAGUCCGAAUACACGGACGUCCUGGAGAGCAGCUGUUCGCAACGCUGGCAGUACUACGGCGUCCAGCAAGUAGACAAGGUGAAGCGGCUUACGGGCCCCGGGCUGGACAGCAGGCCCGGGGUGAGCGUCAUGGUGACCGGAGGCCCUUGGCCAGCCAGGCUUUUCAAGAUGUGCCAACAGUACCUGGGCGAGCUGGGCGAGGAGCAGAUUUACCAGGAGCACCGCCGCGGGCCGGGGGCACUGGAGACCCUUCUGUGCCAGGCCCCGGGGGCCGCGUGUGCCAGUCCUGGCCCGGACCACCGCCCCCUCCAUGCCCACCACCCAAAAUCCCACCGGGAGCUGUAGCCAGCGCCCACCAGCCGUGCCCAAGAGCGGCCCCCACCCCGCCAUUCCUUCCUUCCUUCAUUCAAUUCAAUCGGAUUUAUUGAAGUCACUUCACUUCUCUGGGCCUCAGUGACCUCAUCUGGAAAGUGGGGAUGAAGACUGGGACAGUUGGGGCAGUGGCUGGCCAACCCUGGACAAGUACAGUGCUCUGCACAUAGUAAGCGCUCAAUAAAUACGAUUGAUGAUGACAACACAACGUGCUGGGCUCAGUGGGGACGGGCCAGCGGCCGCAAGUGGGUGGCCAGUGAUGGGGACGGGUGGCGGCAGUUAAGGGCCCGGUUAAUGUGACCCCUGACCUCCAGCCCCCCGCUUUUAGGGGCUCCCCACUCCUCUUCCCCCCAAGGCCCAGAUCCCAGGAUGCCAAGGAUAAUAAA